AUGCCCGACCAAAGAAUGCCUAAGAGGAUGCUCUAUGAGAAGCCGGAUGGCAAAAGAAGUAUAGGACGCCCUCGGAUCGGAAGCCUUGACUAUCUGAGAAGGCUAGGUGUUCGGAAGAAUAUUCCUGAACCCGCCACUGCCAUUAAAUACGAAAAGAAGAUGAGAGCUGACAUUGAGAAGAGACGACAUAACAGAUGUAGCAGGUAUAGGCACGAUGAGAAACAUGCUGACUCAAGCGAAGGUGCAUGCUAAAAAGUGGGGGAAGUCUAUCGUUACAUUAUUAUUUUCCUCUUUUAUCUCAAUUGGUUUAAAACCAAAUAAAUUAUCAUGUUAUAAUACUCUGACAAUAGGUAAUUAUUGCAAAAUAAUGUGGUUGGUUGC